AAUCUGUGUCAGGUCUACAGCCAUGAGUUUAAUUAGAGGACUGAUUUCAACUAUUUACUAUCUUCCAAAGAUUUAUAAAUGGUUUUACCGGCCUUAUUAUUUCCUGUCACUGCUGAUGACUCUGGCGUUCGUCAUCGUGCGCUGCUGCCCGGGACUGUGUGAGCAUUUACCGUCCCAGAGAGAGGACGGAGACUCCUGCGCCUUCGACUGGAGGGAGGUGGAGAUUUUUAUGUUUCUUGGUGCCAUUGUCAUGAUGAAGAACCGCAGAGCAGUAACUGUGGAGCAACAUAUAGGGAAUAUAUUCCUCUUCAGUAAGGUGGCGAACGUGGUGCUGUUCUUUAGAGUGGAUCUGAGAUUCGGCCUGCUCUACCUCACGCUGUGUGUGGUGUUCUUGAUCACAUGUAAACCACCAGCCUACAUGGGCCCUGAGAACAUCAAAUACUUCAGAGACUCUACUAUAGAUGAGGAACUGCAGAGGGACAGUCGUGUCACAUGGAUUGUUGAGUUUUAUGCCAACUGGUCUCCAGAAUGUCAGUCAUUUGCCCCUAUUUUUGCUGACCUAUCACUUAAGUAUACCUGUUUAGGUCUCAAAUUUGGGAAAGUGGACAUUGGACAUUAUGGAGCUGUUGCUGAGAGGUAUAAGGUAAACCCAUCUCCUCUCUGCAAGCAGCUUCCGUCACUUCUGAUGCUGCAGGCCGGUCGAGAGCUCAUGCGCCGCCCUCUGGUGGACAAAAAAGGGAGAGCUGUAAGCUGGAAUUUCACUGAGGACAACAUUAUUCGAGAUUUUAACCUAAAUGAGAUAUUCCAGAAAUAUAAGAAAUUCAGCAAAGGAGAGAGGCCUGAGGAACCACAGCCAGUGCUUGAAGAAGAGUCUGAGAGCCCCCUGGAGGAGGAGGAGGAGGAUUCAGAGAGCAAGAAAGACAAAUAACACUCAUUCUUCAUGAACCCACAGAGAAGUUUUCUCUCUCUGAACAGUUCUACACAAUUAUCUCACAUGUGGAAAACCUUUCCUGUUAACCUUUAUCCUGUCUAUUACUUGCGUUUAAGUUUACAGGAAGGCUUUUGUCAGGGAAUGAGUGGGUCAAUUUAGUUUCAAGUUUUGUCAGUGAACACAUAAACAUGACCUUUUUGCUAAAAUUAUGUUGGAUUUAAUGUAUUAUGGCCUCUGGCUUUUUAUAAUAAAUGCAUUCAGUAUGUCUUA